UUGUGGACCCAGGUCUCAGAAUUUUAUUGCUGUGAUUGUUCUUCAAGAUUAAUUCACGUAAAUCAUUCAUUUUCACACUCAUAAUAUUAUAACAAAAAAAUGUGUAUUUGUUUGCACACUGUGCGUGAAUAUUUUGACUGUUAUUCAGGUCCUUUCACUGCACAUUAGAGGAAUUAGAGAUGAACAAUAGGUAGAUGAGAGAUGUUGUGAGGCCAUUGUGCAAUAGGAGGUGAACAGUUAGCUGGCAUUUUCCAGAGCUGAAUAAAAUCCGUUUUACAGGGGGCACUGGGUUUGUGUAUCCCACAACACACAGGAGUCAGUUCGCUCCAGGGUUUCAUCUGAAGAGACGUUACGGUUGAAGGAAAAAGUGGAGACCCACAACGCGCAGCGGCAAACAAGGACCUGGCCUGGUCUCUUCCAGUUCCUUCCUUCGAGUAUCGCUCGCGCUCUCCAGUCGACCGUGGAGCGGUGGCGUGAGAUGCACCCACAGCGUCCGCUGCCCCAGGCCAUGCCCCCCUCACUGGGCCAAAACCUGAGAGAUGCAGCUCUGAGGAUGGGCCAUGGCAAGAACCUGCUGGGAGGGAAUGUGGCUUAUGGAGUUAUCCAGUCUCUUAAAGAGUGCCUCUACUUCUUGCUCUGCUGCUGGUGCAUCAAAGAGAUCCUGGACUAAGAAAAAGUGCUUUUAAGCUGGUGGAUGAUUCAUCACAGAUGUGUUGAUGCUUUGGCCUGAAUCCAGAUCUCUUCACACAUGCAUAAACACUCAUGCCUCACAAAUAUUAGAGGCUGCUGUAGCAAUGCACUUUAAAGCAGCACAUCACCCAGGCUUCAUAGGAGGAAUAUAGACCACGUCCCUGUCAACAUUCUGGUGGUAUUCAAACAUGUUUUCAAUGAUACUGUUUGAGAAAAUUGUACAAUAAAAAUAAAAAUAAAAGAUUGUGCGAUUCUUUUUAAAUGGCUCACAAAAAAAGGUCUCGAGGAUUUUUAAUUGGUUUAAAACUUAAGGUACAAACUAUGAUUGUAUAAUGUGUGGGCCUAAUAGUUUGUGUAAAGACAUUACUGCACUACCAAGAAGUACAUUUGUGAAUACAAAUGCAACAGAUGCCAUAAAUAUGUGUUAGAAUACAUAUCAAACAUUUUACACAAAUGUAUACAAAUUGUUAUAAUACAUGCUGAAAACAGAUAGCAUAUCAGAUG